GACUCGCGGCGGUGUACAAUACGUCCGAUAGUGGGAAGUGAUAACGAUGGGCGAUAAAGAUUGAAUUGCGCCGUUUGUAUGAAAUGACCGUCGUGAGAUGACCAUCUGUGAUUUCUUCUUCUGACCCAAGGAAGCGCAGACGAUGUGGAAACUGGACUCGUACGAGCUCACGCAUCCGGAAUCGCUGUCAGAGCAUCAGCUCCGCGAGAUUCUGAAGAAUAGUUGCAUUGAGAUCCUUAAGUUUGAAAAACUAUGUAAAAGUGAAUUGCUGGAAAUGUACAAACGAGUUGCAAUGCCUUUACCUCAGCGGCAACAUGCAAAUGCAAAGAAUAUAGUAGAUAUGAUAUCAGAGAACUCCAUUACAGUUAUAAGUGAUAAUGAUAUGCACAGUUUAGCUACAGACUUGAACAAAGGAAAUAAGAGGAUAUUUCAAACGUCUCAACUUCAGACAGAUACAAAACCUCUUAACGAUCAGAAAUCAAUGAGCAAGAAGAUUCGAUUAUGUUCAACGCCAAAAGAAAUUGGAUGUAAUGGAAUUUAUAAACGCAAUUAUGGAGAACAGAGCGAGGAAUCUCUACCGAAAAAACGUCAGAAGAUAACAUGGCCAUGAACAAGAGAAAUAUAUCCUCUACUUCUUUUUAAAUCUGUUACUAUAGAAAUUCAAUUUGAAAUAGUAACAUGUUAAUACAAUAAUUUUUAUAUCAUAUGAUUGAACUUGCAAUGUUUGACCAGUAUAUGAAGGAUAUUGUAUAUAUUCACACGAAUAUUUUAAGAACAAGAUUGCUUGCUAAUCUUGCUAAACCGUUUGUAAUACUUUGAGACCCGAUUGUUCCACCUUUUGAUAAAUUUUAUCUGUUGAGUAAGUAGCCAAGUAAUAAGAUUACCCAAUCACAUGCGUGAAUUACCAGAUUUACUUAACAGGUAAAAUUUAUCAAAAGAUAGAACAACUAGCCUUGAAUCAUGAUUUAAACAGAUCGACAAACAUUAAUAUACAAAUAACUUAUGUUUCUCGAUUAUUUUAAUGUCCGAAUAAUAUAAAAACUAUAGAUUCUAUGUGAUGAUUCUAUAAGUAGGUCUGAUAUAUAUUUUGUAUAAAUUUUAUUAUAUAAUUUGCGUAAAAAAAACGGGAAUUUAAUUAGGUAUGACUGUUAGAUUUGGCAGCUGGCGAUAUAUACAAAAAACUAACAUUACGUUUAAUAUAUAUAUCUCUACACAUUGCUAUAUCAGUUUAUGUAAUCGAACAAUCGACAAAUUGUACAUACAUGACAAAUUUUGUUUGUUAAACAUUGAAUCAAUGCAGUAUUUGAUGUUAAAUGAAUCGAUAGAGGCGUGCGUUAGUCAAGAUAAUCUUAUUGUUUUGCGACAUAUGGAGAUGUGAACAGUAUUCAAUAACAAUACAGUUACUUAAAACGAUUAUUUGUAAUACAUAAUAUCGUUCGCUUAUUCAUAUUAUAUGCACUGCUUAUAAAGUGGAAAUAUCUUAGCGUUUGUAAAUUUAGAAUGUACAUGCACAUAUAUUAGGUCUGUUCUUUGUAGCUACAUUACUUUGUAUUUUCUACGCUUUAAAUGAAAUAGAUAUUUAAUUAAAGAGUGGAGAGAAGGGAAAAGAA